AUGGCGCCAGGAGCACCUGACAUCCAGGAGCUCCUGAGGCGGCUGUGUGAGCUUGGAGGGAAGGAGCGUGAGCGCGAGUUCUGGAAGGCGCAUGAGUUUAUACAGGGGUGGCAGUUGCUUCUAGCUGAGCUAGUGGCGGGGGUCUCGGAGGAGAGUGGCAGCUGGGUGACGUACGUUGCCAAUAAUCAGUCAGGGGCGGCGCUGCUGGGAAUCCAAGCGCGCAGGGAGGAUCACUGGCCGGUGCAGCUCAGCGCCUGCGUGACUCGCUGUGUCAUUUGUGACGAAAAGGCGGCAGAGGCGGCAGGGGCGGAGGAGAGCAGCACCAGCAGGUGGGCGCGCCAGCAGCAGGCAGUGGGGGAGUUAGGGGAAGCUGUGAGUGAGGGGCUUCGGCUGGGACAGGAGGACGCAGAGUUUGCAAGGGAAGUCAGCACGCCUGAGGGUAGCAGGCGCGAGGCGCGGGAAGUCGAGCGGGUGAAGGAGGACCUUGAGCGCAGGGCGGCGGCUGAUCCCGCGGUGGCCAGGGCGAUUCGUCGUGCGCAGGAGUUUAUCAAGGAGUGGCGCGCGUUUGAGCUGCGGCACAAGGAGUUUCCCCGAGGCAAGGUGUACGCUGCCUUUGUGGCUAACAACGCGUCUGGGGCGGCCUGCAUUGGGCAAGUGCCUGAUCCUGCGCAGCACCUACCUGCCGUUAAGCUGGGGUGCCCAGUUGACUGUUCCGUUUGCGAGCGCUUUCAGACAUUGGGGGCAAGGGUGAUCGCCUGGAGGGAGGCGCAUGCGUUGGUGGAAGCUAGCGUGUGGUACGCCAAGGCGAAGAGGGAGCAGGAGGCGCGAAACGCCCGGCUGCAGGAGGUGGUUAGGAUCGUAGAGGUUGCGGCGGAGGAGGCCAUCAGGCAGCGGGCGAGGGGCGUGGAGGCGAGCGAGGAGCAACGUGCGGCCGCCAAACGGGAGAAGCGCAGGCGCAAGAAACAGGAGAGGCGAGCGCGUGCGGGGGCACAGACGGGCGAGAGUGUGGACGCAGGGUCGGCAGCAGGGGGGAUCACAGCGGAGGGCAGUGAGGACACCGCUAGUGCGAGCAGUGGGGUAGUUGUGAACAGGCCGGAGAGGGCAAGUCUGUCUGCGUUCUGGUGGGAAGAAGAAGAUUGGGCAGACAUGGCAGCGGUCAGUGAGGGGAAGCAACGGUUUUCGGGGAGGAAGAACGAGGGGCUCACUCUGGAGCAGUUUGAGCUCCAAGUUGAGGGGAGCAUCCUUGACCGGUUCACCAAGCUACAGAAAGACUUGGGUAGGCCGGUCGAAGGAGCCGAGUUCAAGAAGCGUUUUUGCGUGCACUUGGGGGAGCACAUGGACAACCCCGCCAAGGAGGCGCAUUUGCGCGCGUACAAGGAGUGCAACACGAAGGAGGAGCCGGUGAAGCAGCUUUUGGCGAAUCUCAAACGCCACUUCGGUGAGAGGAACGAGGGUAAAGCGCAGGAAUGGGUCAACUUCAGGCGGGAGGCAGGCGAGGAGUUACCGGAGCUGCUGUUCCGGCUGCAGGGGCUGGCGGGGGACCUCAAGAAGCCGUUGACAGAUCCUGAGCUCGUCACCAAGUUUGUGGCUGCGCUGGACAAGAGGUUGGGGGAUGCCGUCAACACGCACGCGCUGGCGGCAGCCUCGAGCGGGGACGGGGGAUACACGCUCGACAACGCUUACGACGCAGCUGUGCGGGUGAGUGAGAUGGCCUCCAGGUUGCGGAUCGCCAGGGAGAUGACUCCUAGGCCGGCAGAGGUCAGACCGAGGUGGGGCGGGCGUGCGCCGGUCGCGCACGCGGCCGUCCCUGAGGUGCAGCCAGCAGCAGCUGCGAUUGUGAUGACGGCUGGGUCAGCGGGGUCAGGCGCGUGCCACACUUGCGGGGAGAUGGGGCACUACCGAAACACGUGCCCGCAGAGGGGCGGAGGGUCAGGUCGGGGUGGCCCGGGGAGAGGCACCGGCAGGUCCGGUCCAGGUCGGGGGGCGCGGGGACCGCGGAUCUGCUUCGUCUGCGGGGACCCAGCGCACCUGUCUUUCCAGUGCCCGCAGAGGCACGUGGCACCGGCAGCGGCAGCGGUCCCCGCGGGAGGUGGUGGUGGUGCAGAGCUGGCCGCAGCAGGGCUGAGCAUGUCGGAGGUGGAGGAAUUCCGGGCGUGGAAAGCAGCGGCGCAGGCGGCGGCAGCGCUGAGUUUGGAGGAUGACGACACUGCCAGCUGGGACGGGGAUGAGUACGAGUUGGGCGCAGCUGCGUUGCCGACGGGGGGAGAUGUCAGUUGGCGCCCCACUUCGUUGUGCGAGCUUGGGGCUGUGGCGACGCGCGCAUCGGCAGGAGCGGAUGCCCCAAGCAAAGAGGCGCGGGCGAUCAGGCCUCGGUUGAAGCCCAGAAAGCAGGGGCGGGCAGGCACGCGCCCGCGGCAGGUGGUCGGUCCGGCGACGGGGCAGCCUGUGGGGACCGCUGCGCUUGAGCGCAAGGCCCCGGUUGAGGCUCUGAGACAGCUGCGAGCCCGCACAGACAAAGCAGCAUUGAAGGAGCGGAUGGCGAAGCUUCCGGACCAGGGACGGGAGGUGGCGGCGCAGGGCCUGCAUCGGCUCCCGCAGGGGUUCAGCAUUAGGACGGAGGGGACUCCGGGGGCCUCAGCACAGGCGGAGAAGCAGGGUGUGAUCCAGGGAGUGGCCACGUCGACGAGAAAGGUGGCCGGGGCAGCGCCCCCGGUUGUGGUGAUUGAACAUCCGGCAGAGGAGGUGAGAACGGGGGGAGCGGCAAUCCUGCUGGGGCAGGUCACGGUUGACGUCGAGGCGUUUCUGCAAUUGGCUGACCGCGCGGGGCUGUCACUGCAGCAGGUAGUGGCCAUGACGGGAGGGGUCGGUGCACCACAGCCGCAGCUCGACCCAAGAGAAGUCAUGCGCAGAGCGGUUGCCACAGCGGGGGGGCCGGAGAGUGAGGCUCGGAGACCCACAGGCGGAGAAGCAGGCGGCGCCGGCGGCGCUGCGCCAGUAGCGGCGCCAGGUGGCGCGGUCGGUGCGGCGCCAGGAGCGGCGCCAGGUGGCGCACGCAGCGUGGCGCCAGGAAGGGCGCCAGGAGCGGCGCCAGGUGGCACAAGCAGAGUGGCACCAGGUGGCGCGGUCGGUGCAGCGCAGAAGAUGGCGCCAGGUGGCGCUGGCGGCUCGACGCCCAUCGCAGACGUCCGUCUUGGGGCAACGGUGUCAGCACCCGUGCCAGCACGCGCGCUCAGCGCGAGGGCCAGCCGUGAGGUAGUGGGGUCGGGUGAGUCAGUAAUGCCCGGGGAAGCAGCCGAGGUGGGUCCGGGAGCAGAAGAACCGCGCGGUGAGCACAACCAGGUGCGGGUUACCAGCACGAUUAACCCCGGGGUUAACACAGACCCGGAAAGCUCGUGGAUGGCCCAGGCUAGGGCGGACUGCCUGCGGCAGGCACAGAUUCGGUCAAAGACGGAGGAGGCGGACAAGCAAUUAGCAUUGGAAAUGCUCGUUGAGGAGGCGCGGUCUGUGGGGGUCGACUCCGCGACGGCGCUAAGGGCGCAAGCGGGGCCGGUUAAAACGGUGACAAAUCCACGAAGGUGGGAGAUGGUCUCCCGCAAGGAUAAGGGCAAGGGGAAGUUGGGGGUCAACGGUGUCGAGGGGUCCGGCGAAGCAGAACGGGGGGGGACGGCAGAGGCGUGGGAAGCGUCACACGCAUUAGCGGCUUUUGCGGAAGCGCUGCCCAAAGUCCCACCCACUGAGCGCAGCCGUUGGGUCGGCACCCCGGACUGGGUGGAAAAUCGAGAUGGUGCCGUCAAGGUGAUGACGGUUGCGGGGCUUAAAGCGCCGCUGCGGGUGCUGAUUGACGGGGGCAGUUUCUACUCCAUGGCGGGGGCGCGGUUGGCCCCUCAGCUCGGCUUGCCGGUGGAAAGCAACGGGGUGCUGUGCAAGGUGCAAACGGCGCUGGGAAAGGUAGAGCCGUUGGGCAAGGGGUUCACGCGAGAUCCGGUGCCGAUUGUGCUGAAUGCCGGCACCCCGGCAGAGCUCACUCUGUAUGAGCACUUAGCUGUCACCGAGUCGACGGGCUAUGACCUGCUUAUUGAGACCCGGGCAGCUUACCCAAUCGGGCUGAGCAUUGAUCGGUGGUCGGAAAGGGGUACGUACCGCGUAGAUUGGCGCUCGCGGGGAGAGCAUGUAGCGAGCAUACCCAUGCGGUUGCGCCAGCCAGUGGGUCAGCGGGCGGUGCGCGGUUCGGAGAAUGGAGCACCCACCGGCACAGCAGGCGUCGCGCUCGCCUGCAGUGCCACGCAGUGA